GCUGACAACGACGAUGCGCUUGACGAGAUUGUCAUGGCAGUUGACAUGACACCUCGAGGCACUGUUGGCUGUGCGUACUACAUAGCAGCACAAGAAAAAUUAUACUUUAUGGAGGACGUCAAGCUGGGUGGUGCAGACGUUAUUGAAGCUCGUGAGCACUGAAAUAUCUCUCUACUUUCUCACUUCUGAUCAUCUAGUCAAAAUGUUCAUCGAUCCUACGAUCAUCCUCGUUUCGUCAAAACUCGACGACUCGGUGCUUGACAGGCUUGAUCUGGAAAGAAAAAACAUGGAUGAUGGCGACAGCACUGCAUAUGGUAUGCCAGCUUUAUGCUCACCUCGCCCGUCUUCUGAAUUUCUAUACGACUCCGCCAGAUGCAGGCUUGCCGAUCUCAAACUAGAUCAUGAAGAUGGACCGAAAGUCACGUUUACAACGCCUGGAGACGUUGUGAUUGGACGAGAUGAGGGCUACAUAGCUGAUGGCGACGCUUUCGAGACUCGGCAAGGACAGCUGCUGAAGCUAGCUGGGUGGAUUGACGUUGAGAGUCGCGUGACUGUUGGUUGCUCAGGAGCAGUCCUUGCUUACAUUCGCCGAAAGCGAGCAGCCACGUUCCUCCCAGGAGAUGCUGCAGCUCGAGCAAUGCAUCGCAUCUCAACCAUUGAGAUGUUUACACUUGCAGGAUCAAUGUUCGUGAACGCCGAUACGCUGCUUUCGUUGCAAAUAGUUCAGUCCGAAUCGCAUCCCCAUUCUCACAACCAAGGCCCUGCAAAAGCGAACUCUGGAUCGAAAGAGGGAUUCUCCGUCUACGGCCUCUUUCACAACCUCGCGCGUACUCCGCAAGGCAGGGUUUUGCUUCGCCAGUACUUCCUGAGACCAAGCACCAACCUGGAAGUCAUCAACGAACGUCUCGACACGAUCAAUUUUCUGCUCCGUACAGAGAAUACCGAACAAACUGAAGCUCUAACCAAAAACUUGAGCAAGAUCAAGAAUAUGAGGACUGUCAUGAUUAAUCUUCGCAAAGGCAUCAGCGGUACUGGACCAGGCAAGAAGGGUCCGCCAAAUUCCAUCUGGGCUGGUAUCCGUCUUUUCGCAUACCAUGCCUUACAAAUCAAAGAUAGUUUCCAGGAAGUCUUUGGCGGAGAUCGAUUGGCAAUUCGAAACAAAGUUAUGAAACACUUCCAUGGCACCCAACUCGCCGAUGUUGGCAAGAGCAUUACGGAGAUCAUCGACUUCGAGCUCUCGCUGGAUCAAGGUCGCAAUGUUGUCAAGCACGGUGUUGACCAUGAUUUGGAUGAGCUCAAGCAGACUUAUGAAGGACUGGAAAGUCUACUUGUGCAAGUCGCCCAGCAUGUGGCUCAGUCUGUGCCCGAAGGGUUGAACACAGACAUCAAUGUUGUGUUUUUCCCCCAAAUCGGAUUCCUGAUCGCGAUACCUCAAGAUCCUAUCACUGGUCAUGGCAUCUUCGAGGGCCAUGAAGACGAUCCCUGGGAGAAGAUGUUUACCACCGAGGACUUUGCCUAUUACAAGAAUGAGAAUGUCAUUGAGAUGGACUCUUACUUUGGAGAUAUUUACGGACGCAUCUGCGACAGAGAGAUUGAAAUCAUACACGAGUUGGCGGAGAAAAUUCUACAGCACGAAGACCUCCUGACAACAGCAUCUGACAUCUGUGCCGAGAUCGAUUGCAUCCUGGCCCUGGUACAGGGAGCCAAAGACUACAACCUCGUGCGACCACGACUGACAGAAUCUAAUAUUCUUGACAUCAGAGGUGGAAGACAUAUCUUACAGGAAAAGGUCGUGUCCAACUUUAUUCCAAAUGACACUCUGAUGGCUGGCGGAGAGGGUCUGCCGUUGGCAGAACAGUAUGAGCCCUCGUCCGAAAACUUUCCACGCCUCCAUGAACAAAACAACAUGUUACCAAGUAUGGUCCUAGUGACUGGACCGAACUUCUCUGGCAAAAGCGUCUAUCUCAAACAGGUAGCCAUCGUUGUCUUCAUGGCUCAUGUCGGUAGUUUCGUACCAGCGUCGAGAGCGGAUAUUGGUGUUACAGACAAGAUCAUGACACGAGUGGCGACUCGAGAGAGUGUCUCUAGAAAUCAAAGUGCUUUCAUGAUUGACCUGCAACAGAUCUCUGUGGCCUUGAAUCUGGCUACAAACAGGAGCUUGUUGAUCAUUGAUGAGUUUGGCAAGGGUACCGAUUCGCAUGACGGUGCCGGACUCGCCGCGGGCGUCUUCAACCACCUGCUCGAGAGAGGAGACCAAUGCCCAAAAGUCAUCGGUGCGACUCAUUUUCAUGAGAUCUUUGAGAGUGGUUUCCUCCUGCCCCAUGAACGACUGGCAUUCGGUCACUUCGAAGUCCGUGUCGACCCACAUUCUCGACAGAUCAACGAGCAAUUGACCUAUCUUUACAACUACAAACAAGGCCGUAGUAACAACAGUUAUGGUACCGUGUGUGCAGCUCUAAACGGCAUCCCUGUGGAAGUCACAAACAGAGCCGAAGAGCUUGUCUUGCUUGCUGCGAGGGGGGAAGACUUGGUGCAGGCUUGUGCUGUGGUGUCGGAGAGGGAGAGGGAGGAGCUUGAAGACGCGGAAGAUGUUGCAAAGGCUUUCUUUGCCAUGAGAGUUUCCGAUGAUCCAAAAGCGUCGUUGAGAGAGCUGUUGGAAGGAAAGGGUUCAUAUGGCGUAUUGUCUUGAGAGGUCUGUUGGGAUGGGCCGGCGGAAAAUGUUGCUUUCACCAAAACGAGUCAAAUUGCUACAAACAAGAUGAAAGACAUUGCGACCAUGAAGCUCUCUUGCUCCUCCACCAUAGCCUUGCUCGAGUGGUAACCAGAAACUGCUGUGCCUAAAAAAAAGUAUACAUAUAAUACAACAUCGAUGAGACAUAUCCUUUGAUCCUCACUUCUAUGAAGUCAAACCUUGGUAGUAG